AUGGCUGGAGCUCAUACCUCUGCUGUUUCCCAAACAAUCGCAGGCUGCCUUGAGCGGGUCAUGACCACCAUUCUUAUUGGCGGCAUAGGCGAGUUUGAAGGGGACCGUGUCCAAACGAUCACGGGAUACUUGAAGCAGAGAGAUUCCCUGCGCAACCCGUCCAAGUACGACUCCACCAUCUCAACGGCGAGUAUUUCUGUUCGCAGCCGGUAUUUCACGCGACAACGCUGGCGUCCUCCCUGCCCCUCACCGUUUUAUUCCUACUCUAUGGUGGCAAUCCACGAACCUACUAUGCGCUAUCUUACGAGCCCCGUCGGGAUGGAAGGCGAAGACAAACAUCCGCCACGGUCUCGGUACCAACGGGCGACCCUCAAGGUAACCUACAGUCUUUGGAGCUUGGAGCUCCGGGACGAAACACUUUUGGCGCAGGGAAGUCGGUGGCUCACUUGUCUUACCGAGAAGUUUGGGACCCGCAUCUCCUUGCGACAACUUCUGGAAGUCCUGUUCCCUGCUCAAUUUGUCACUGCCUUGCAGGAGCUAGUUGAUUGGCAUCGUGCACAUGAGGAGACACUGACUUCAGAACAGCUGGUGGAGAUGCGAGAGCUCUUUGGACCGAAGGUGCAGCCUUUGCUCACUCUGGAGGCUAUUGAGGAGCUGUAUCGGGAGGAGCAGUCGGGCUGA